AUGGAGUGCCCGCCCGGAUGUCCCGCCGCCGUUUACGAGCUGAUGCGCGGAUGCUGGCAGUGGAAUCCGACCGACAGGCCCACCUUCCGCGAGAUACACCACGCCCUCGAGCACAUGUUCCAGGACAAUUCCAUCACUGAGGAGGUCGAGAAGCAACUGCAAGAGGGCGGCUCCUGCGGAAUGGCGCAGCCCUUGAUGAAGAAGUCCGGCGUGGGCGUGGCCGUGUCGUCGAUCGUUAUGGCGAGCGACUCGCGCGCGGUGCAGAUGCGCCGCCCGACCAACCGCCGCGGCAAACAGGCGCCGACGCCGCCGAAGCGCACCAGUGCUCUACUGUCCGGCAGCCUGCUGUCCUCGUGCAGCUCCUUCCGCGAGUCGCAGUACGCGGCCGAGGAACACGCCGCACACGACGACGGCCUGGCGUCGCUCAACGGUGGGGGCCGCGGUGGGGGUCGUGAGGCGUCUUCGGAGGGCUCGUUGGCCGAGGCAACCCCCGACACUGACGAGUCUGCGGGCGCUGUGGGGGGCUGCCUCCCCACCGACCACCGCCACCGACCCAAGAGGCGUCACCACCAACACGCCCAGCCGCAGCACCCCGCCGCGCACGAGCUGCAGCCCAAGCAAGGGGUACAGGUAGCCGCGCUCGAAGUACAGAACGUGAAGCGCGCGAUCAACCGCUACGGCACUUUGCCGAAGGGCGCCCGCAUCGGCGCCUACUUGGAGUCGCUGCGGCAGAGCGGCGGGGGCGCGGGCGCAUCUGCGUGCGCGCCGGUUCCCCGCGACGUGCCCCAGGACGAGGCGCGCUCCCUGUCGCCGAGGACCGCCCGCGCCCAGCCCCACAUGAUCCGCUCCAACUCGUCGGGCGGCGUCACCGCCCCCGCCCCCGCCUCGCCCCGCGCCUCCAGGGCCGCGCACCCGCUGCGCUCCUUCAACAGCCCCGCCAAGCCGCGGCCGCGCCUCGCCGAGCUGGAGUUCCCGCCCCCGCCGCCCGACCUGCCGCCACCGCCCGAAGACACGGCGCAACCCCCGCCCCCGCCACCGCCCCCGGAGUGCUGCCGCGACGCCGGCACCGACACGGCGGACCACCCGGACGACUGCCAUGCCCUUGCGCCGGAGCGCACCGACAUGGACGAGAAACCCGCCAAACAGAUCAUGAAGGAAAUGCUCGAGCUGAAACUUGUAGCGGAGAUAAAGGAGCGCGCCGACAAAAAGAAACAGAAGCUGAAAGAGUCACCGCCACCUAACGAUGUCAUUGAGAUGCAAACCUCUUUCGGGGAUCCCGUCACGCGAUUAGUUUCCGAACUCUCUGAGAGCCUGAAUAUGGAAGCCCUGCGUAAGGCGGACAAGAGAGCUGAGCCGAAAGUAGCCGAUAAUGGCAAGGAGACCGUGUCUCCGAUUGACCUAAAAGCAAGCCUAAGAAAAACUUCCUAUAGUAAUAACAUCGAAAAGAAAACUGACCCCGAUAUUAAAGCUAAUACUAACUUUAAAUCCCAGCUGAAGAAAGUGGAAACCAACAAAUUCAACAACGCUAGCAAGGAACCUGAAGAGUUGGGCAGAUCGAUCAUUGAUUUCAAGUCGCGCUUGCGGAAAGUUGACAGCGGAACACCGUCGACAAACGGUACUGUAAAGAAGGUAGAACAAAGCUCUCCGGAAGACUCCCGAAAGGACGUGUCCAGCAAGAGUGAUGAUUCCGAUAAGAAGCGCUCUGAGAGCGGUUCGCUGGACACGAGCGGAGGUGAUGAGGAAGAUAAGAGACGUAGUACAGGCAGCAUCAGCAGCCUUAAGAAGUUAUGGGAGAGCAAGGAGAAUGAUGAUCGAUUGAGCCCUAAAAUGCGACCGAAGGGCGAGGAAAGUGAGGACGCGUCUCCAGAAGAACGUGGGAGUGGACUAGGUCGCAGUGUCAGUGUUGCCCGUCGUGAUGAUAAGCCGGCCGUGGCCAAUAAGCCUUCGGUUAGGGCUCGGCCAUUGGGCAAAGGGGGGAUAUACGCAACGCCCUUGGCAGCGUCUGCUGGCGAAGCCGAUACUGAUGGGGACGCCCUCGCCGCCCUGCGCGCUUCUCUGGAGUGGUGCACGAACGAGGUGCGGCGCGGCUGCGGCGGCGGCGGCGGGCGCGGCUCCCUCUGGCGGCUGCAGACGUCCGAGCGGCUCGCGCAGCUGGGCGCGGCGUGCGCGGCGUGCGCGGCCGGCGGCAGGGCGCCGCAGCUGCGCGUGCAGCUGCGCGCCGCGGCCGCCCGCCUCGAGGCGGAGGCGCGCGCGCUCGCCUCGCCGCAGCCCCACCACCACCACCUCGCCGACGGCGUCGAGCAGGCGCUGCGCGACCUCGCCGCCAUCGUGCACAGA